AUGGCUUCCCUCAGAUUGCUCCUCCUUCCAACUCUGGUGGCAGCACACGUCACCCUCAAUGCUCCCGCUUCCGUCGGUCCCUUCGACGAAGACGCCGAAAGCUCUUCACCCUGCGGCGGUGUUACUAUCGAUUUCUCCAAGGACAAUGUAACGGACUUCCAUGUGGGCGGCGAGCCGAUUGACUUAUUCCUUGGCCAUCCCACAGCCGGCUGGUUGAUUCGCGGCACCCUCGAUCAGACCGCAGCCUCCAACUGGUCCCAGCUGUACCCCAUCUUCACGCAAACAGGCUUGGGUGACUACUGUCAGCCAGCGGUCGCAGCACCUGAGAGCUGGGUCGGUCAGAAGGGAAUUUUGGGAGUUGUUGCCAAUGCGCCAGACGGGCUGCUUUACCAGUGCGCCACGGUCAACUUUGUGUCUGGAUCUGGUACCCGCACGUCAGACUGCAACAACGGUAGUGCCGUGACUGCCGCCUUCUCGACGGACGCCAGCCUGUCUGCUCUCGUCCAGUCCGACCACAGCACCACCAACGGCACUUCAACCUCUUCGAGCUCUUCAAGCUCCUCGAGCUCAAAGAGUAUGGCUCCUGGGCUGGCUCCUUCCAUCAACGGACUGGCCGGCAGCCUGGCUGCUGUAGUCGUGGCUAGUUUUUUCGGAGCUGGCCUCCUGCUGUGA